UAUUUAUUAAAUUUACAUUUAAUUUAACUCCAAAUUUAAAUUUUGGAGUUGAUGGAAAUGCCAUUUCCAUCAACUCCAGCAGAUUGGAAAAAAAUUUCUGAUGAUUUUGAAAGAAGAUGGCAACUACCUCACUGCUGUGGUAGUAUUGAUGGAAAACAUGUGGUUCGAGAGUGUCCAAAGAAUACUGGUAGUCUUAAUUAUAACUAUAAGGGAACUUUUAGUACAGUCUUACUAGCCGUAUCUGAUGCACAUUAUCGUUUCCUGAUGAUUGAUUAUGGGCAUUUUGGUAGCGAAUCAGAUGGUGGAAUUUUAAGAAAAAGCGUAUUUGGUCAGCAUCUGAUCAAUGGAAAGUUAACCUUUCCAAAAGCAGAUGCUUUGCCAAAUUCAAAUACACUGUUCCCUUAUUUUAUAAUUGGGGAUGAAGCCUUUCCUUUAAGGCAUAAUUUGUUGCGUCCCUAUCCCAGACAUUCUGAGUUUAGUCAUUCAGAAAAAAUAUACAAUUACAGAUUAAGCAGAGGCCGGCGUGUUGUGGAGAAUGCUUUUGGUAUUCUAGCAGCACGAUUUCGUAUUUUAAGGAGACCAUUAAAUUAUGAUGAUGAAUCAGUCAAAUGCAUGGUGCUUGCUAGUUGCGUUCUCCACAAUAUGCUUAUUCAGAAAUCUGCAGCAUAUUGCCCAAAUGGAUAUGCUGAUUAUGAAGAUUCUGAUUAUAAUCAGAAUGAAGGUAUAUGGAGAUCCGAAAAUAUAACUCUUGAAAAUCUUAAAAAAGUGGGCAGCAAUAUGUACAAUAAAGAGGCAAAAAGUCUCAGGAACAUUUAUAAAGAUUAUUUAUGUAAUGAGGGAGCUGUACCUUGGCAAGAAAAAUUAAUUCAAUCCCAACCUAAAGUAUAGUAUACUUCAUAUAGGUUGUAUUAGCUCAGAAUAAAUAUUACUCCUCUGAUCUAAUACAUUUUUAUUAAGUAAAUAUAAUGUUUUAAAUCAUGUUCUUUUGUGAAAAAAUAAAACUAAUA